UAGUGGUCUGAGAUGGUUACUUGUUGUUGAGCCCCAUGCACAAAUUCCAUAGGUGAGAUAGGGGUAAAUAAGAGAGUGAUAUAGGGCCAGGAGGGCUGACUGUGGAGCAUAGUACCGUAUCUUCCAGGCAAUACAAGAGUGAGUGUAGUGAUGGAGCGCUAAACCCUGUAUUGUUGCCGCUGCUGCUUGUCAUACAAGAUGAUGGUGACGUCACAGGUAAACAAACAUUUUGAAUCGGUCCCGCCAGUCAGAGGAUUGAGUAAUCAAUGAUGACACUACAGGUUCUUCAGGAGGGUCUCUCCUUACAAGUGACAGACAUUGUCAGUGCUCAAGAUGACUGGACGAGUGACGACAGGCAGAACAUCCAGCGGCAGUAUAUGGAGAUACACAGUGAGCUGUGGGGCGAAGUGGUAAGCAUUGCAGCUCAGGAGGAUCAUCAGUGUUCAGAAGACACACAAGAUCCAGAUGUCUUGGAAGAUGUUGAGAUUCGCCAUGAAGGAACACUUAUUGCUGUGACCAAGAAACGCAAGGAAUAUCCAGCACUCCUUACUGGUCUUUUAGGGAAAAAAACAAGACUUCAGAAUAAUACAGUUGAAAAGCUGAAAGUUGACCUGCCACCGAGAGCUCCCUUAGAGGUUAAUGAAGGUAUGAGCCACCUGGAUGGAAGCCUCGAUCCUUUAUUUAAAAGCAUCUUAGUUAUACUGUCAGAGAACAUGCAUAACAUCCAAUUACAAACUAAUCGCCUAACACAUGUUGCUGAUGCAGCCGAGAUAAUUAUUAACAAUCAGCACCAUCCCAUUGAAACACUUGUCAGUAAUAUUGAGAGAUAUAUAAAAGACAGUAAUAUAAAAUGAUUUGGGGUACAAAAUGGAUACUGCUAACAGUGUCUACUGUAUCAAGCAAUGAGAGGAAAUAGUAAAGCGAAAAGGAAUGUUUUUAUAACCCCCAUGUCCCCUUUUUCCUUUUAUUACAUCAGAUGAGAUGAAGUUAAGAGAAAUAAAUCCCCGACCCAACAGUCUCUUAUCUUGUGUGAAGGAUGUAUGGGUGUUUUUACCAAUGAGUAGCAAGAUUGCCAUAUCCUUAUGCCAACUUUUUUAUUUCAGACUGUAUACUGUAUUUUAUUAUUUACCUCAUCUUUAGCAUACAAAACUAUUCCACAAUACAUUACAAUCAUGAUCAGACUAGUAUAAAGGAUUUUUCAUCACUGUUUUUUAGUGCAUUUGACCCUUUUGGGUUUAGUGCCUAGUUUUAUUAUACUGUAUUACAUUAUUUGCAGAUUUUUUAACUUGGCAAUUAGUUAAACAUUUAUUACAGCUGGUUAUGCUAAUUGUAUUUCAUAAUAAAAACUCUUUGAUA